AUGGAACCUUCCUAUAAGAAAAGACACCCUUCGCUGUAUCUUCUGAAGUCCAACUCGAGUGCACAAUUCAUGCCAGCUCAGGAGUUCGAGUUACAGCCUAAGGGUGAGGCGCCGGGCACAGCUGGCAAGCUGCCCCGGGACGAGGAAGCUCAAGUCACUGACGGCGCCGAUUUCCUCAGCCGCGUCCCGUUCAGGGACUUCCAAAACCGAAUUCGAGUCAGGAAAUCUGCUGUGAUAUUCCUGGCUUUAAUCAUCUCUUGGCUGACCGUGGGCUUCUCUGUCCUCCGCUUCAAGGACAGCAACUUAUCGCUCUCGAAGCCAGCAUCGCCUUCGGGGCGCACAUUCAGCAUCGAAAACGUACUCAAUGGCGAGUUUUCUUACUACGACACUUACUUCAAGUUCAUUAGACCAGGUGUCCUUCACCAACCCCAGGACAACGAUCCGGGUUUGUAUCUGAAGAUUGAAAAUAAGAACGGAAUUCCUAAAUAUGUCGCUAAACAAUUGGUGGAUGUGGAGUUCUACAAGGAACUCGGCCGCACAAGCUUCACAUACGGCGAUGUCGAAUACCAGGUUUCCGAUUUCGACGUGUCGCAUCGCCUGGAUAAGGCGAUCCUGGCAACCGAUCUCGAAAAAAAGUUUCGCCAUUCCUCAACUGCAUACUACUGGCUCAAAGAUAUUCCGACGAAUACCUAUCGGCCCAUUUCACCUUUCCCAGAGGACGGGAAACUUUACAAGCUAUCUUUCGCGCGCUUUUCUCCCCAUCGCAACUUUGUUUACUUUGUCUACAAUAACGACUUGUAUGUGCAAAGCGCAACGAAUUCUCAAGGCUUCAGGCGGUUGACUGCUGAUGGCUCUGAAGAUGUCAAAAACGGGAGACCAGAUUGGGUGUACGAAGAAGAAGUUUUGGCCAGUGACCAGGCCGUUUGGUGGGCCCCAGACGACUCUCAAAUUGUGUUCGCCAAGUUUAAUGAUUCCGAAGUUCUCACAGAAAGCGUUCCAACUUACAUCAACGAGCAAGCUUACGACGACGUUCAACAAAUAAAAUACCCAAAGCCAGGCACCCCGAACCCGCGAGUUCAACUUUUUUCCUACAAAAUGAGCGAAGGUGUCACAUACUCAAUCCCUUUCGGCGGUGAGACUGGGGGCAGGAUUCUUUACGCGGCUCAGUGGCUCGACAAUAAUCACUUUAUGUUUAAGGAUACUGACCGCGCUUCUCAAGCCAUGUUCGUUAAAAUUUAUGAAUCGAACGCGCGGAAAGUGUCAACAGUAAGAAUCAUCAAUGCCACGGCUUAUUCUGGUUGGAUCGAAAAAGUCAAAGACGUCCAACCUAUACCGCCGAGCGAAAUUCAUGGAAGAAGCGAGCUGAGCUAUGUUGACGUUCAGGUCGACGAAUCCGGCUACCCUCACUUGUUCCACUUCAAGUCAGUAUUCGCUUCAACGGGGACUCAGCUCACUUUUGGUGAUUGGGAAGUGACCGGGAAAGGCAUAGUUGGCUAUGACCAAGAUGCUGAUUCUGUUUUCUUUCUGUCGAAUCGACUGAGCCGUUUUUCUCAGCAUUUGUUCAUGGUACCGUUAAGGGAAGACUCCACGAAAGCCGCUCAUGGUUUACAAGAUCCGCGUGAUCGCGAUUCUUUCUAUGAAUUUGAGCUAAGUGUUAGUUGCAGGUUUGGUGUCAAACGUUACCUUGGUCCCGAUGAGCCCAUGUCGGAUGCUGGCGUCUUAACUUCACUGUUACUAAACGACCAAUCAAGAGCUAUCACCCAACUGACGUCAAAUGCUGGAAUGUUAGAAGCUUUGAAAAAGUACGACCUUCCCAAGUCUUCUUUCAGUAGCACGCAGCUCGAUGACGAUGUUCAGAUAGACUACAAAGAAACUGUUCCUUAUGAUUUUGACCCUAGAAAAAAACAUCCUUUGCUGAUACAUGUCUAUGGCGGGCCAGGGUCUCAAACCGUCGAUCACAAAUUCGCGAUCUCUCUGGAGGAGAGCUUGGCCUCUAGCGCCAAUGCUAUUGUUUUGAGCAUUGAGCCGAGGGGAACAGGCGGGCGAGGUUGGCCCUAUAGAAGCUGGGCAAAGAAUAAAAUAGGUUACUGGGAGCCAAGAGAUAUUAUAAGCGUAGUGAAGGACUACGUCAACAAGCACUCUGAUUCCAUUGACCCCGACCAUGUUGCCAUAUGGGGGUGGUCGUACGGCGGUUUUGUUACUUUAAAAACUCUAGAACUGGAUCAGGGCCAAAUUUUCAAGUAUGGGGUAGCAGUUGCCCCCGUUACAAAUUGGAAGUACUACAAUUCCAUAUACACUGAAAGGUACUUGGGCCUGUUCGAAAAUAACGAGAAAGCGUACGAAGACACCUCACUUAUUAAAGACGUUCAAAACUUCUCAUCAGUUAAAAGGUUUUUGCUUAUUCAUGGAAGUGCCGAUGAUAACGUUCAUGUUAAAAAUACAAUGCAGCUACUCGACAAUUUUAACCUGAACAAUGUCAAAAACUACGACCUAAGUAUCUUUCCAGACUCUGAGCAUUCCAUCGUCUUUCACAACGCCAAUAGAGUAGUUUACGAGCGGAUUUUCAACUGGAUCAAAAAUGCAUUCGAAGGAAAACUUGACAACUUAAGUUGGUGA